GAAUAGUUUGAAACCAUGGCCGAUUCCGUAGAGUUGCGUAUGAGUGUAACGUCUAUAAAACGAGUCGAUCCAUAUGUUAAGGACAUUUUGGCAACAUCGACCCACGUAGCCCUUUACAAAUUCAAUCCGUUAGCGAACGAGUGGGAAAAAACGGAAACGGAGGGAGCCCUGUUCCUGUACAGCCGAAAUGGGGAACCUUAUCAUAGCUUGGUGAUUAUGAACAGAUUGAACACUGAGAAUCUAAUCGAACCUAUCGUCAAAGAGUUUGAUUAUCAAAUGCAAGCCCCUUUCUUGCUUUACAGAAACUCCAUGAAUAAAAUCUUCGGUAUAUGGUUCUAUAACCGAGAAGAGUGUGUGACCAUAACCUAUAUAUUAGAAUCUCUCAUGGAACAAAUCAGAGAAAAGGUUUUGGAGAAAACCAAAAAGAAAUCAGGGAGCAGUGUUGAUAUUUUCAGUAUGUUGAGUAAAGCUCAAGAAGAUUUUAAUAGAACACCAAAUAAAAGGGAAUCCCCAGUUAAUAAACCCAUGUGUACAUCAACCCCAUUGGCCAAUACUUCGCAAAGUGUUAUGGAUUUUUUCUCAAAAGCUGCUUCUAAAUCUAGUAAACAAGUACCUGUUACACCUGCAGAAGGUGAAAUUCUUUUACAAAGAUUAAUGAGUAAUCCUGAACAUUCAGUUGAACACAUAGAAAAACAGCAACGUUCAACAACUCCUCAAGAACAUCGCCAUCAAAAACAAUUAGGAAAUCGAAGCGUACCAAUUCAAAUGUCAUCGAAUUCGACGAAUCUUGACCGAAAAUCCGAAAAUGGUUUGAAUUUUAUGCGCGGAGUUUCUUCACCUCAUAAUCAUCCUGCAGCAUCCGGAACGUCUCCUUUAGCAGCAUUAUUAAUUCAAGCACAAGCGCAAGCGGUUGAUGAUGAUUUGUUGGGAACAUCGCCGUUGGCCCACGCGUUAGACACACCACAAAAGCCGUCGUUGAUGCCACCAAUGAUGUUUACAGCAUCAGUUAAUAAAGAUAAUAAGUCUGAUAUGGUGUUAACACCGACGACUAGCGUGGAUAAUGCAAAAGUUGUUAAAGCAGUGGAGCCGUUGACGAGAAAUCAAAUGUUACAAGCUUUAACUUAUUUAAUUAAAAAUGAUUCAGAUUUUGUAACAAAACUCCAUGAGGCUUACGUUAAAUCGUUAACGGAAAUGGUUGCGAAUAAUACUAAUUCAUUGAUUUAAACCUAAAAAUAUUUGAUUUUUAUUAAUUAAUGAUAUGUUUAUUACUAUGACUAUUUUUUUUUUUACAAGACUGUGAAGAGGAAGAUUAACAGAAAAGACUAUAAACUAAAAUCCGGGCCUUAACGUUAUUAAUUGUUUACAAUUUGAUGGAGUAGAAUAUGUAUUUCUGAUAAAAAAUAUAUAGGUUUCAUUUACUGUAACUAAAAGAAAAUUAAAGAGAAACGAUUUUAAUCCUCAACAAACUUUAAAAUUGAUAAGUGUGAUUUUCGAAAUGUGAUUGAAACGAACGUGAAUAAAAUAGUAUAUUUUAAACUAGACAUAAUUACUUUUUUUUCUUUUUUCAUCGAUUAGUAUUUGUAUUUAACUAGACGCUAGUCGUAUAAAUUGAACACUUAUUCAUGUUAUAUCGUUAGUGGGAUAUUGUUCAUAAUACAACAACCUAUAACAGCGUAAAUGUGCUACUUCUCAUAGAGUUGUACACCAAAAGUACUGUAAAAUAAGUUUUUAAUGAUGCUGUAACAUUGAUGUCUAAGAUUGUCCUACUUAUACGGAUCGUAUUGUAAAGUUAUUAAAAAAAAACAACUAAAAAGUCACAAUUUAAGCGAACGCUAGUUUUAUAUUAUAGUGUCGACCUAUUUAUUGAUUUUUUUUGAAAUAACUACAAUAUAAUAAAAGUAUAUUGAGAUA